AAGUAAAUAAUUUAAUAAUCAGAAGUGCAUUACAGGUCGGGAGUAUUUUCAUUUCCGGGUUCGUUUUUUGGUUCCUGUAUUUGUGUAAUUCGGUAAUUCGUGUAGACUGACCAGAGUCCGCGAAUUAUUAUCGAAAUUAUUGAAAAUAACGUGUUGUGAUAAGAAAAAGAUAUGACUGAGAAACAUAGUUUUGGUGUAGAUCCAAUUACAUGCCAUGCCUUCAGUGGAGAUAGGACAGGUUUGGCAAUGUCACACAACAACAAUGAUGUGAUGGUAUAUAAGAAACAGGCCAAUAAAUGGGUACAGAAGAGUGAGUUGACUGAGCAUGGUCAGAGAGUGACUAGUAUUGACUGGGCAGCUAAGUCUAAUAGACUUGUCACUUGUGGCGCAGACAGAAAUGCAUAUGUGUGGACACAGGAAGGGGAUGAAUGGAAACCUAAUCUUGUCAUUUUGAGAAUCAACAGGGCAGCUACUUGCGUCCGCUGGUCACCUGAAGAGAACAAGUUUGCAGUAGGAAGUGGUGCUAGGGUUAUCUCAGUCUGUUAUUUUGAGCAGGAGAACAACUGGUGGGUCAGCAAACAUAUAAAGAAGCCUAUCAGAUCAACCAUUACGAGUGUUGAUUGGCAUCCAAACAAUAUUCUUCUUGCUGCUGGUUCCACAGAUUUCAAGGCCAGAGUUUUCUCCGGAUAUGUUAAAGAAGUAGAGCCUAAACCAUCUUCUACUAACUGGGGAAAUAAGAUGACCUUUGGUAACCUCAUGGCUGAGUUCUCCACUACUGGAGGUGGCUGGGUUCACUCGGUAUCAUUCUCGGCAUCAGGGGAGAAACUUGCCUGGGUGGGGCAUGAUUCCAGCAUUGGGAUAGUAGAUGCUGCCAAUGGACAACAGUUGUCUUUGAUCAAGGGCUCAUUUCUACCCUUUGAUGAGAUCACAUGGGUCACUGAGAACAGUAUUGUUGUUGUUGGAUAUGACUGCUGUCCCAAAUUAUUCACCCAUCAAUCUGGAGAUAUUAAGUUUGUACAUGACCUUGAUGUCCCAAGUGCUGGCGGGGAAACUAAAGUCACUGCCAUGAGUCGUUUUAAGAGUUUGGACAAGAAGGGAGCAUCUGGUCAAGCAACUGACACAGCACUAAAGACUCUACAUCAGAAUACCAUCACGCAAGUGUCCAUUCAUGCUGGAUCUAAAAGUGAUGCCAGUAAGAUAACAACAUCUGGAGCUGAUGGACAACUCAUUAUCUGGGACCUGAAGAGUCUUGAGAAGUCAAUGGCUGGCCUUAAAAUUGCCUAGAUGUCAGGAACUACCAGAAGUCUUUCAGCAAACAAUUAUACAUUUUUUCUUACAUGUGUAACACUUAACAAUUGAUAUUAUAUGGACACUGUUUUCAUCAAGAAUUUAUAUUUAUUUUGUAUCAUUCCAGUGUAUAAUAGUGAACAAAUGUGUAUAAUAUACAUCAAACAAACAUUACGACAUUUACAUUUUAAUGACAAAUUACUAUGAUUUGUCUUAUAAAUCUGUAUAUUUCAUUUUGUUCCUUAAAAUUUCUUCUUUUUUUUUGAAAAUUGAUUGCCAAACAAAGUUACUAAUUUGUAGUAAUUUCAAUGAAAUUCCUGUUUUUUUACUUGUACUGUUACAAGCCUUCCAUUGUUGAAUCAGUUGGCAUCUCAGAAAAAAAGGAGCACGUUUGUGUUGAAUGUGACCAUUAAUAAAUAUCUUGAACUAUAAUUUGUACUAUAAACAAUAUACAACUUUCAAAAAUUGUAACCACAAAUGACUGUGUUCUAAAUAAUAUAUUUACCACAAGUUAUCAUGUAUCAACAAUAACCAUCUGUUAAUCAUUUUGUAAAUGAAAGUUUUGUACAUUGUUACAUGUUUAAUCAUGUUUCACCUUUUGUAGCUGAAAAUCAUAUUGGACUUCUGUUUUUAUUAAAUAUUAAAAAAAUA